GAUAAGCAUUUGUAAUACUGCCGUCACGUUACAGAGAUUCGACAUCCACACUACAGAUGCCGUUGCUCAUACACUAACAACAUAUUGCAUUGACAUCUAGCAGCUCAUCAUGACUGCCGACAUACGCGACCUCAAACCCCUCAAUAUUCGGCCUGUCCAACAUCAAGUACGAGACCCACCAGAAGCCGAUCCGUUUGCCUUCGACCAUCAUGAUGACAAGAUACAUGUCCUUUUGUGUGCUUCAGGAUCGGUAGCGACCAUCAAAAUACCAAACAUAAUCAACGCGCUUGCAAAGCACACCAACAUACAAAUACGGCUUAUAUUCACGGCUGCCGCGACAAACUUCCUGCAGGGCCAAAGCGGCGAACAACCCUCACUAGAGGAUAUAGAGGCCCUGCCGAAUGUACAUGGAAUAUACUUUGACGAGGACGAGUGGAGAGAGCCAUGGGUGCGCGGCAACAAGAUCUUACACAUUGAGCUACGACGAUGGGCCGACAUAAUGGUCAUUGCCCCCUUGAGUGCCAAUGAACUUGCUAAGAUUACCCAAGGCUGGUCGGACAACCUUCUUCUCUCCGUGGUUCGUGCCUGGGACACCACCGGUUUAAUUGACCCUGUGAGGAGAAUACCGGGCGUGCAGUGGCCGCAGCAAGAGGGGGGUAUACAAAAGAAAAGGAUACUAGUUGCACCAAGUAUGAAUACGGCAAUGUGGUACCAGCCCAUUACAAGCAAACAGGUGCGCAUCUUGGAAGAGGAGUGGGGCGUCAAGAAUGGAGGCUGGUUUGAAGUGCUGCAGCCAAUGGAGAAAGAGUUAGCUUGCGGAGAUAUAGGAGGCGGUGCGAUGAAAGAUUGGAGAGAAAUCAUAGACGUGAUUGAGGACAGGUUGGGCCUAGCGGCGCAAACUUAAGAGACGUGACUCUCCAGAUAGAUUGUCGUCCUCACAAGUCUUGAGAAGGGCAUAUGGAUGCGCCCACAGUCUCCGUAUACACCAUCACCUCGCAAACACGAUAGAAUCCAAUCUUCCUGUGAAGUUGAGAUGCUGGCCUUGUGUGUCGAAGUGCAGCUUUCAGCACGGCGUUGGACAAUACCAGGAAUAACACGAGACUACUAACCAUACAAAGUCGAACAUAACGUAGGCAGUUACAAUGUGAAGCGUUCAUGUGCUGAUUU